AUGGCCCGACCAGUACUCUUAGCACGGAGGCCACUGGUGGAACAGCAACGAGAUACCUUCAAACGCAACGGUCUGGUGAAGCGAAUUCAACACAGUGAGUGGACCGCUUCCAUAGUAACCCCUAUGAAGCGGGACAAUACCGUUCGUAUCAUUGGUGAUUUCAAGAUGACAAUGAAUCCACAGCUAGACAUUGACUCUUACCCUUUGCCACGGAUCGAUGACAUAUUCGCGCGCUUGAGUGGAGGAAGACAAUUUAGCGUCCUCCAUCUCCAGCCAGCUUAUCUGAAGGAACUCGAAAAGACUCAAAGAAAUAUAUGGUCGUCAACACGCCAAAAGGACCUUAUCAAUAUCAGCGAUUACCGUACGGCGUCGCCUCUGCGCCAGCAAUCUGGCAACGAACUAGGACCAAAUACUACAGAGUAUAGAGGGAGUACAGUGUUAUCUCGAUGA